AUGCAGAAGAGUGAAGUGGGGCCCCCAGAUGGGGGGUUCCAGGAGACGGUGCCGGAUGAGCAGGCAGUCCUCCGCUAUGAGGAGCACAUCACAGACCUGCUGGUGACUGUGGCACGUCUGCACAGACAAAUUGAGCGCCUGCAGGACAGCAAGGCCAGCAGGGAGGAUGAGGAUUUUUCCGACCUGUGCUCUGAGUACACAGCGAGCCUCCCGCAAUGCCGUCCACAGUUUUCGAGGCUGGCAGCAGCAAUUCCGGCAUUGCCACCGAGACCAGCCUGUUCCAGAGAAGGCAAGGCUGAUUUGUUUCUUGAUGUUCACAAGGCUGUCACAUCGCUUGAGAACACUCUGCUGUCCCAUCGGAGCCGAAUGUCCAGUGCUGAGGCCAACAUGGCAGGAUGCGCCCUGGGGACUGAGGGCCAGAAAGAAAGUUUGCAGAAAUUCCAAGGGCCAUGGCCUUGGUUGGAUCAGGAAGCUGAUGGGGUUGGGCUGGGGAUGGAUGAAAUGAGCAUCUACAAGCAAGAAAUUGCCAUGCAAAAAGAGAAGAACGCAUCCCUCUGGAAGGAUUUAGAGGGAAUGAACCAGGCUCUGAGCUGUUCCAAAGCCACACUGUCUGCUUACCAAAAAGAGAGGGACAAGCUUCUGAAAAAGGUCCAAGAGCUCCAGAGCACUCUGUCCAAGAGGGAGACUCCCACAGAUGGAGCCGCCAGCCCUGCCAGGGAACGAGCGCUGUGGGAGCCUCAGCAAGGACCCCCACCUGCAGAGACCCUUGCGAAGUGUAAAGACAUGGAAGCGCAGGGCCAGCAGCUCCGAGGAUGCAUUGAGAAAUGGAGAUGCGCCAACCAGCUCCUCUUGGCCGCCCUGCAAGAAUCAAAGAGUGAUGCGGAGCACAUCAGCAUGCUGCUAGGGAGCUGCGAGGCCAACAAUACCGCCCUGUGCUUGGCUGCACAGUACAGUGAGUGCCGCUUGGAGGCCUACGAGACCCUGUUUUCGCUCACCGUGGCAGGCCUGCACCUUCCUCUGGAGGCAGCGGCAGAAGAAGCUGGACCACCUGUAGGCGAGCCCAGUAACUCCAGGUGUGCGGUGAAAUCAACCGUCAAGGAUGAAGUGUGCCAGGCCUUCCAAAGUUCCCGUCUGGACCACGAGGCACCUGGUGGCUGCACCCAACCAGAGCAGGGGCUCCCAGGCGCCCGGGGCUCGGCAGAGGAGGAGAGGAAGGCGUUGCUCGGGCGCAUUGCAUGGCUGAGGGCCGAGCAGGCCUCCGUGAAGCUCCCUGCACACUGGCCGCCCCUCAGGCCUGACUCUGCCACGGCCAGCAUCAACGCGGGGAUCAGGGCCAGAGUGGCAGAGGUGCAGAGGACUUUGCGGGAUGAGUUGCUGCCUGAGGCCACGCAGCCCAAGAUGGAGAAGGCGCAUCUGCUGCAGGGGUUGCAGGCUGCCCGGGAGGGCUUGGCUGACUUAAACACCCAGUUGCACCUAAUGGAGAAGGACAAGCAGGCCCUUGAGCUCUGGACGUACACCCACCGGGCUCGCGAAGCCUCUUGUUUACUGAUGAUCCAGAUCCUGCAAGGGGAGCGUGAUGAGCUCCGGGGGCAGCAAUCAGCCUCCUCUGAAAGCAGCAGCAGCAGCAGCAGCAGCGAGAGCUGUUUGGGGGAGUAUGCCCCCCUCUGCAGUCCCAGACAGACCGUUCCUGGCUCACCCAAAGGAAGACGAUCCAGCGCAGAGCCUCAGGUCUGGAUGCGUGACUGUCUGGAUGCUUUGGCUCGGAACAGGGAACUGAAAGAUCAGGUCUUUUCCCUUCUCAUUGACCUGGAGGAAAGAAGCCAAGAUUGCCGGGCCCAGGAGACACAGCAGAUGGAGCUAACCAGCAAAUUUUUCAAGGCACACAGAGCUUUGGUGCUUGCCUACUGGAAUGCGCGCAAGAAACGGGAGGCACAGGUGCGCCAGCUGGAAAUGCAGAUCAGCCAGAUGAGCCAACGCCAAGCUGGGCAGCUGCAGUCGCUGAUGCAAACCCUGCAGCAGUUGGAGGACAGAGCAAGUAGCCUGGCCUAGCCCGGACUGUGGACGGUUACAGCGCCUGGAUCAGCUCACUUAGCAACAUGCCUCUUUCCCAGACAGUCAGAAAUGAGCUGAGGGUUUUUUUUUUUUGCAUGAAAUAAUUGGGGAGGGGAUAUUUUUGUACAUGAUACUGUUGCAAAAAUGCCCUUGGUCUUUUUCCUGGAGAGCCUCAAUUGUCAGGAAAAAAGGGAAGCAAUGUCCAGAGGAGACCUGAAUGGCUUAUUUUGCAUGCAAGAUGGGUCAGCAGUGAGGCUU